AUGGCAGGGCUGCGUCCCGGGCGGGUGGGGCGGCCUGGGCCGGCCGCGGAGGCGGGGGCCGGGGUGCGGGUCGGGCUGCGGCCGCCGCCCCCUGCGCGCAGUAGGGGUCGGUGUCUCCGCGCGCCGCUGGGCGGCGGGCAGGGCUGCCCCGGGACCGGCUUCGCCGCGGGCGGACCGCUCGGUGUCUCCGGCCCUCCGCGGACUGUCCCCGCCUGCUCCACGAGGGCAGCGCCCGGGCCCGGCUGCUCCGAGCGCUCGCGGGGCCCGAGAAGCGGGGCCGGGGCCCGCAGCCUCACCGGCUGCCCGCGCAGACGCGGGACGCCACCGCCUGAGAAGGGGCCUCGGACCGCAAACCACCGAGUCGUCGACGGGAGCGAAGUCCUGUGCGGGGUGUGCGCGCGCCCGCCGCUCCGCCGCAGCCCCGCGCAGGUGCGGUCGGCGCUGCCGGGCCGGAGGGACGCACGCAGCCCGCAGCCCACUUCGGAGCGGCUGGGGCCGCAGCUACGGAACAUCCGCGGGGACGACCGGAGCCGACCGCGCAGCAGAACUGCCCGAGUCCUGGGUCUGGCUGGGGCGUCCGCAUGUGGUGAACUGAUUCCUCUACUCCCUGUGCUUCCUGCGGACGGGCCCGCUGGGCGGCGCCAAGAGCUCGGGCAUCUGUCCCGGUGCGCUUCCUCUUGCCUCCUACCAGAGCAGUGGCACUCCGUGGCCCCACUUCUGUGUGCCGGACUUGAUGGUUUUCGUGGCUAUCGAUGAGUAUUUUGUUUUAUUUAUUUUUAAAGUACGCUCUCUACCCAACGCGGGGUUGAACUCACAACCCCGAGACCAAAAGCCACAAGUUCUACGCCCGA